UUUUCCGUCUUAUUGGCCGGAGAGAUCGAUUCCAAGAAAUGAACUUUUAUAAAGAGCGAGUUGCAGAGCGUGUUGGUGGAGCUAUGGCAGACUCUGGCUACGUUGAAACCGAUCCAACCGGCCGAUAUGGACGUUUCAAAGAAGUACUUGGGAAAGGAGCCAUGAAGACAGUGUACAGAGCAUUCGAUGAGGUAAUGGGAAUGGAGGUGGCAUGGAACCAAGCAAAGCUCAACGAUGUCUUCAGAUCUCCAGACGAAUUGGAGAGACUCUACUCAGAGGUGCACCUCCUCAGCACCCUCAAACACAACUCCAUCAUCAGAUACUACACUUCUUGGAUUAACAUCGAUCAAAGAACCUUCAACUUCAUCACCGAAUUGUUCACCUCAGGCACCCUCAGAGAAUACAGACAGAGGUACAAGCGUGUGAACAUCCUAGCUGUAAAGAAUUGGGCCCGCCAGAUCCUACGUGGCCUUGUGUUUUUGCAUGGUCACGACCCUCCGGUGAUACAUAGAGACCUCAAGUGUGACAACAUCUUUGUUAAUGGCCAUUUGGGACAAGUCAAGAUUGGCGAUCUAGGGUUAGCAGCUAUUCUUCGUGGCUCCCAACCGGCACAUAGCGUCAUAGGAACACCGGAGUUCAUGGCACCGGAACUCUAUGAAGAAGAGUACAAUGAGCUUGUCGAUAUCUAUUCCUUCGGCAUGUGUGUUCUGGAGAUGCUUACAGGGGAUUAUCCCUAUAGUGAGUGCUGCAACCCGGCCCAAAUCUACAAGAAAGUGACUUCGGGUAAGCUACCCGAAGCAUUCUACCGGAUCGAUGACAAGGAAGCCCAAGAUUUUAUCGGCAAGUGCUUGAAGACUGCCUCAAAGAGGUUACCUGCCAAAGAACUUUUACUCGAUCACUUCCUUGCGUCCGACCAAGAAGAGUUAUUGCCUGUUCCAGUUCCUGUGACCCUUGAAAAGGAUGAAAACGGCAAUGGCACUGAAGAAGAAGAAGAUGAUGAUGAUGACGACAAUAAUGAUGAUGAUGACAAUGAAAACGAUGAUGAUGGUGCUGAGGAAGCACCCGCUGAACCAAAAAGGCGUACAGACAUUACAAUCAAGGGCAAGAUGAAUCCUGAAGAUGACACCAUCUUUCUUAAAGUACAAAUUGUGGAUAAAGAUGGUUGUGCGAGGAAUAUAUUUUUUCCUUUUGACAUUGUAAACGACACUCCCUUGGAUGUUGCAACUGAGAUGGUUAAGGAGUUGGAGAUACUUGAUAGAGAGCCAUCCGAGAUUGCUGAGGUGAUCGAAGAGGAGAUCUCAGCUUUAGUCCCAAAAUGGAAGGACUGGGACCCACCACAAGACCAUGCUGUUCAACACAGUUUCAGCUACCAUGAUGAUGAAGAUGGUGAUGGACCCCCACCCCAUCAUCCAUUCUACUCAUCUUCCUCAUGUUCUUCUUCCCAGGCUUCUCUGUCAGGGCUUAUCACUUCCACCCACAACUCUCAUGUUGACGAUGUGGUUUACAGCUGUGACUGGCUUCCAGGAGACUUAGGGUUUGAUGAUGAUACCAGCUCUCAAAGCUCUGCACAUUCCGGCAAAUACUCCAACCUGAAUUACAACUCCGGCAACGACCGUGAUUUGGAUAUAAAUCCCAGAAGAAAAGAACACCACCACCACCACCACCCCAGUGUAGCCACUCAAAAGUCUACAAGAUUCUGUCCUGAAGAAAACUCAAGAAGAAGCAGAGGCCAUUGCAGUACAAGACCCCAGCAAGACCCUAAUUCCUGUGAUCUAAGAAGAGCGCUCGAUUCCCGGUAUCUGAUUGAUGUACGGAGCCAGUUACUACAUCGGACAUUGGUGGAGGAACUGAACAAGCGCCGGUUGUUCAAGACCAUUGGAGCUGUGGAGAACAUUGGAUUUCAAACACCUUUUGAAUAUUCCGGCAAGUCUUCACGGCAACAAAUGGGUUAUGCAAGAUCCUCUAAAGGUAAGCAUUAAUAAUUUCAUAUGUUAAGUCCUAAUGGAACUGAGACUCAUAAAUUUUUGAGUAA